GUAUGUACGUUAUCUAGACCGUCACAUUUAAAUGACAUUUCUUGGGAGACAAGAGGUGCUUACUUCGGAAGAAAAUGUUUCAAACAGGGGGAAAGAAGGCGUGGUCCCUGGCACAACGUUUGCCCCCUCACUUAUCCCAGGUUGGAGCCGCCACUGUCGCCAUCGUCAAUCGUUAUCAUAUUAUCACUGCAUAAAUACAAGUUAAAUCAAGCUGAUCAUCAUCAUCGUUCAUUAUCAGAGUAACGAUUAAUUUAAUAAACAUUUGAGAAUUAGUGUCAACACAAGUUUGUUUUAUAUUUUUUCCAUUGUCAACAACAAGGCAUAACGGCGCCACUGCCUUUACCGCGCCAAAGGAAAUUUUCAAGAUGUUUUCUGGUGUUUGUAUCAAAAGAUGUCAAAAUUGUUGACCAACCUGUUGGACGGACAGCCCUCCUUUAUCUAUUGCGCGUGCGUCACCGUCCGGUGGUAAACGAAGUCACGUUGAGAAGAGGGGACACGCAAAACAUGGCAGCUGGGAACGCGCAAGUAAUGGCAUCUAGUUAUUAUGAUCAGGCGAGUUACGGAGAUGUGAAGAUGCCUACGACGUCAAUAAGUAACGGGAGAGAUGCCGGGUUUCCGAAGCCAGGUCAAGUAAAUCACGACGAGCCUCCAUUUUCAAGAGUUUUUGUGGUGUGUAGUAAGAGCCAUACUUCAGAUGAUCUUCGGGCUGCUUUUGAAAAAUAUGGUGCACUUGAAGAUGUCUGGGUCGUGAGAGACAAGUUUACAAAAGAAAGUAGGGGAGUGGCCUAUAUUAAAUUCUCAAAGAUGUCAGAGGCCACUCUUGCAGUUGAAGAGCUGGAUGGCAAACCUCUUGACGAUGAAACCAAACCUAUUAAGGCCCUCAUUGCGAAACCAAAGUCGAGCAAAUCUACAGACGAUUUCGAAGAUGCGACUGCACUGACUAGGCUAUUUAUUGUUAUUCCAAAAAAGAUGGAAGAAGCUGAACUAAAAGGCAUUUUUGAGGAAUAUGGAGAAGUAGAUUACGUUCAAGUAGUGAAAGACAGGAAAACCCGUGAGUCUAAAGGGUUUGGGUAUGUCAACUUCCGAAAGCCUUAUUUUGCAGCUCUUGCUUUGGAAGGCUGUGAUCGUUCAUUCAAGGCUGUAAUGGCAGAGCCAAAGUCAGCUAAGAUCAAACGAGAGUCAAUGUCUGAGCCAAGCUCGCUACCAUACAUUUCUACAUCAGGUGCCACCCAACAUGAAGUGCAGUUUGCUGGACAAAGUCAAGAAACGUACGCACCACAAGCAUUUGCCAUGAGUCUCGGUUUUCCAGACGCUAGGUCAGCUGGGGGUGUGUGCAAUCGCCUUCAAGUUAUGGUAAAUGUUACAGUCAGUCAGGAUCAUUUAGCACGUCUUUUUGACCUCAUACCAGGGAUGGAGUUGUGUGACUUGAAAAAGAAUUUUCAGACUGGCGAGUCUAAAGGUAUUGCAUUUGUUGUUUAUAACAGUGUUGGCUCAGCGGUAUAUGCAAAAGAAAAAUUGAAUGGCUUUGAGUACCCACCAGGCUCAAAGUUAAUUGUUAGGUAUGCACCUGAUGAAGAUGUAUACCCAGUGUCUGCCACGGAUUAUGGUGGGACUGUUGUUGGGCUGCACCCUGGCGAAGCACCAGCUGCCAAACUCAUAUCAACUGCUGCUCUGCCUGCUGUAAAGCCAUUGGCAGAUCCAAAAUCUGAAGUAGGAGAAAGGCUCUUCAUUGUAUGCACGCCAACAGCGCCAAGUGAUAAAACUUUAAAAGACGUUUUCUGUCGAUUUGGAGACCUAAUUGAUGUGUAUAUGCUAAAGAACAAAAAUUUCGGCUAUGCCAAGUAUGCUAGUAAAGGUGCUGCUAAAUCAGCAAUGGAUGCAUUGCACGGAGAAGAGGUCAUGGGUGUCCGAAUGAAGGUUCUUCCAGCUGACCCUCCAAGGUCCCAUGACCCUGCUAGAAAGCGACCACGCACCUGAUGUGCCCUUUAAAUGAAUGAGCUUUAACAGAAUGGAGUUACUUCGUAUUGGGUGCCAAUCGUUUUUCUAUGGGUACUCAGGUAGGUACAAUAAUAGUUUUUCUUAUUUCAAUCUUCAAAUGAAUGUUCAGUUUGAAUUUGUUUUUUGUAGAAAAAAGCCAGUUUCUAAAUAUGUUUUCGUCUAUGAUGUCAUUUUUAUUGAGCAAUUGAGGUUUUGUUUGGUGUUAAUGUGAAUAGUUUUUGUUAUGUACAAAUCAUACUGCGUUAUAGAAACUACAUAUUGUUUGUUAAACUUUUCCGUCAAGUCAACUCUCAUUGAAAGUUUUAUUUAUCAAGACAACCUUACAGAAACCUAAAUCGUGUCCUUACAAAAUGUGUCCUAACCUAAAUCGUUAAAUUUUGUUCACAACUUGAUGAUGUUCACUUUAAAAGCUAUUUUAAAGCUUAGACCGAAUUUGUUUCAUCAUGGAUUCGAGAAUCGUUGAAAAUUUCAGUUUUGGCUGGAAUAGGUUUUAAGUGUAUGGCUUGUUUGUACUACUGGUUUUGUCAUCAAUAGACAAAACUGGUAUUGUCAAGUGACUAUUUCAGUGGGUUGGACGCAAAUCUGUAUUGCAUAGUACUAACAUUCUCUAGUGUUAAAUAUCCUCUGUUAUGUGUUACAUUUAGAAUAGGUAACAAUAUUUCUCUGUUUGAGUGCUCUUGUUAUAAACUGACGUUUUAUUUACUUACUUUUAAGAGACACUUGUUGUUUGUCUGUUUAUACGUAGACGUUUUAAUGACUUUGAAUUAAAGGGACAUUAACUGUAAAAAAAGAAUAAGUUCGCUUUAGUAACGUUAAAGGAGAAUUUGACAAUAAAUUGGAAGCAACAGACGUUCAUUGACAAUCAGCUGACAUACGGAGAAUUGACUAUCUGUGAAAAUUGGUCUUUGCAAUGUUGUGUUUACUUGAGAGACUGUGGAAUGAAACAUAUUAACACGGUUGAAAACCAGUGGCCUGUAAUCGUAAAUGGUUAAAUGGCAAUUGAUGAGGAUGACAGCUAAAUGACAGCAAGCAAAACUCUAUAAACGUACGAAACGACUGGAAGAUAUCCCAAAAUGCACCUUAAAAGAACCACCAACGUCUGGAGCAGCACAAAUGCUCUAUUGCGUAUACACUGACUGAGAAAUAGACUACAAAUUGCAUUGAUAACGGUAUGCAUCAAUAAAGCACAGAUUUCCAGUGAUAAUGUGUAAAAUAAGAUUGAUAUUGCACACACUCCCUUCUCUUACAACAUGCACGCCUAUGAACUGAUGCACUCGUCUAACCUCGUGAUGACAUUAACACCCUCCUCCUCACUAUCCUACGCAGCUUUGCAAAACGCCAACCUCCGGAAAACGAAAACAUUAAAGUUGAUACCGGGAACAUGAAACUGAGAACAUUGCAAAGGCAAAAAAGAAACAGCUUUGUGAGACGCUCUUAUGCUGUCCUGACAAUGGUCGACGGGUUGGAACCAUACCUGAGGUGGGACUGGUUGCUAAGCAAGAACUGAAGAAACUUUUUGACGAUUCGGUUAAAUUUAAAUGCAAUGGUAUAUAAAUAGCAAUUUACGUAGUAGAUGAUUAUAUUCCUGUCUAGAGAAAAAUCUAUCUAGUAUUUGAAAA